AUGAAAAUGGCAAGCUCAGCCCCAUUGCUGCCCUCAUCGCCCCCCUCUUCCCCACGACGUCCGUGGGCGCGCCGCCGAACACGCCCCGCCAGGUCCUACCCGGGAGACCGCGCAACACGACGAAGCGGAGCCCAACCGCGUGCGACCGAUCUCGGCCCGCCGCAGCCGUCCGCGCCACCAGCUCGGCAGCCUCGCGGGCGGCGCGCCGGCCGGGGCCCUUCCACUGUGAUGGCCAGAUCCGGUCCCCUGAUCGCACUCUCGAUCGUGCUCCUUCUGGCGCCUCCGGGCGUCCCCGGCUUCAAGGACCACGAGUUCAAGAAGUGCAGGGAUGCAGCGUUCUGCAAGCGCAACCGCGGCCCGCAGGACGGCCGCGACUACACCGUGCUGGCGGACUCCGUGGUGGCGGGCAAGCGGGCGGUGACCGCCCUGAUCCGCAACAAAGCUGAUGGGGCCACAUUCAAGCUGGAGCUAUCCCGCCUAGAGGGCGGGCUCCGGGUGCAGGUCACGGAGCCCGAUUCCCCGGUGGACCGGUUCCGCGUGCCCGACGUCCUGGUCGCGGACCCCCCGGCGUGGGGCCGGGCGUGGGAGCCCCGCCUGACGGCCACGGAGCUGUCGCUGGCGUUCGAAGGCACGGAGAUCCGGCUGUCUUUCUCGCCAUUUCGGCUGAUCGUCGAGAUCGGCGGCGCGCCCGCGAUGAGGCUCAACGGCAGGGGCCUGUUCCACGUCGAGCGGCAUCGGACCAGGCAGGACGGCGACCCCGAGGGCUGGUGGGAGGAGAAGUUCAAGACCCACGCAGACUCCAAACCCCGCGGCCCCCAGGCGAUCUCCCUGGACCUGGAGUUCAGCGGGUUCGGGCACGUGUACGGCAUCCCGGAGCACGCCACGGGCCUGUCCCUGCAGCCCACCGUCGAGGGCAAUGAGACCAAGGAGCCGUACAGGCUCUACAACCUGGACGUGUUCGAGUACGUUCACGAGUCCCCGUUCGGCCUGUACGGCUCGAUCCCGCUCAUGUUGGCCCACAGGGCGGGCCUGACGGUGGGGGCCUUCUGGAUGGACGCGUCCGAGAUGUUCGUGGACGUGGAGAGGGUGGAUGGGGGCACCGGCACGCAGUGGAUCGCGGAGAGCGGCGUGCUGGACCUGUUCCUCCUGCUGGGGCCCGGCCCCGCCCAAGUCGUGGGCCAGUACGCGGGCCUGACGGGCACCACGGCCAUGCCCCAGCUCUUCGCCCUGGGCUACCACCAGUGCCGGUGGAACUACAACGACCAGGCGGACGUGGCCCAGGUGGACGCCCAGUUCGACGUCCACGGCAUCCCGUACGACGUCCUAUGGCUGGACAUCGAGCACACCGACGGCAAGAAGUACCUGACCUGGGACGCGAAGAAGUUCCCGGACUCGGUGAAGAUGCAGGAGAAUGUAGCAUCCCGGGGGAGGCGGAUGGUGACGAUUGUGGAUCCACACAUGAAGCGGGACUCGGGGUACUCGGUGCACAAAGAGGCGGAGCGCCUGGGGCACUACGUUAAGAACAAGGACGGGAAUGACUAUGAUGGGUGGUGCUGGCCAGGUUCGUCUUCAUACCUGGACGUGCUCAGCCCAGUGGUCAGGGACUGGUGGUCCACGCAGUUCCUGGUGGAGAACUACGUGGGCUCCACGGAGCACUUGUAUAUAUGGAACGACAUGAACGAGCCCAGCGUGUUCAACGGGCCAGAGAUAACGAUGCACAAGGACUGCCUGCACCACGGCAACGUGGAGCACCGGGAUGUGCACAACAUGUACGGCUACCUCUACCACAUGGCCACGACGAACGGCCUCAUAGCGAGGGGUUACAAGACCAAGGGGCGGCAGGGCGACCGGCCCUUUGUGCUGUCAAGAGCAUUCUUUGCAGGUACCCAGAGGCUGGGACCAGUGUGGACUGGGGACAACACAGCAAACUGGGAACAGCUCAGAGUCUCAGUGCCCAUGCUGCUGUCACUGGGGCUGACUGGGCUGCCCUACAGUGGGGCGGAUGUGGGCGGGUUUUUCGGCAACCCAGACGAGGAACUCCUCACCAGGUGGACCCAACUGGGGGCAUUCUACCCCUUCUUCAGGCAGCAUGCCCACAUCGACACCAAACGGCGCGAGAUCUGGCUGUUUGGGCCGGAGGCCGUGGACCGCAUGCGCAGGGCCAUCCAGCAGCGCUACAGCCUGAUGCCUUACUUGUACACCCUGUUCAGGGCAGCAAACGCAUCUGGGGCGCCUGUCAUGCUCCCCAUGUGGUACGAGUUCCCGAACGACCCAAACACCUUCGAUCUACAGGAGCAGUUCCUGUUUGGCCCCGCUGUAUUGGUCCGCCCUGUCAUGGAGCCCGGGGUACAGAGCGUUGCUGUGUACCUUCCUCCUGGAUCUGUGUGGUACGACCCUGAGUCAGGCAACAAGUUGCAAGCCCCUGAAGGCGGGGGUUCCAUCCAGUUGCCUGUGACCAUGGAAAGCAUCCCAUACUUUUACCGGGGGGGAUACAUUGUCCCGAAGAGGGAGCGCCACCGGCGCAGCACCAUGGCCAUGAAGAACGAUCCCUUCACUCUGCUGGUGGCCCUGGAUGGGGACGUCUCCGCCAUGGGCGACCUGUACCUGGACGAUGGCAGCAGCUUCAACUUUCGGGAUGGGGCUUACCUGCACAAGGUUUACAGGUUCAGGGGCCUCGAGCUCACGAGCACGGAUUGGGAGGAGGGGGUUGCUUCCAAGUACGAUACUGCAGUGACGAUUGAAAGAAUUGUGGUGCUGGGUCUGCCUGGGGACCCUGCCUCGUGGCGGGUGACAGACUCGGGCUCAGGGGCGGAGUUGGCUGUGAACGGCGGCCCUGUGCGGCUGGGCGGGGGGCUGGGAGGUUCAGCUGUGGUGAUUCGAAAACCAGACCUGGGCGUCGCCAAGGACUGGAAAUUGACUUUCUCGCAGUCACCGCCAGUGUGA